AUGCCUGGUAGUAAUGGUGUCACUUUGUCAGAUAAGCCUGAGAAAUUCAUAGACAAGAUUGAUCCUGAGGAUCCGGAUUAUCAAAAAAGCUUGAUGCGUCCUGCUACUAUCAAGGAGGAUGUUAACUUGAUGAUUCAGCGUAGGCGGGUAUCUUGCAUAUUAAAAUCGGAUGCAUUUCGUCGCGAACUGGAAGAAGUUAUUCGGUCGCAAUGUCAAUCUGGAGACUACCCUGGCAUGAGCACUAGCCUCCUGUCACUGCAGCAUUUGUCGGAUUUAUUUGCUUCAGCACCAUCUGGACCACCCGUCAGCGGAGGUGGGUUCUCAAGAGGGCAUCGGAAUGGUGUUAUUCCUAUAAAUGACUUGCGUGGUGGCGAUGCUUCUGUUUAUUCUCGUCGUGAGCGUUCUCUUCGUUGCAAGUUGGCUUCAGUGUAUCGUCUGAUUGACCUCUUUGGAUGGAAUUCUAGUAUAUAUAAUCAUGUAACUGUAUGUGUUAGUCGCAAUCAUGAACAUUAUCUGGUGAAUCCUUUUGGAUUGCUUUAUCAUGAGAUUACUGCUUCUUCUCUUAUCAAAGUAAAUUCCAAAGGUCACAUACUUGAUCCAGGAUCUACUAUAUUAGGCGUUAACCAAGCAACAUGGGCUUUACAUUCUGCAGUGCAUUCAGCUCGAGCAGACAUUCGUUGUAUCAUACAUUUGGAUACUCCGUCAACUGUUGCAGUAUCAUGUAUGAAAUCAGGUUUAUUGCCUCUUUGCAACGAAGCAAUGAUUUUGGGUGAAGUUGCAUAUUAUACUCCUAGUGGUGGAUUAAACUGUAGAAUCAAUAACGAUAUGAAUGGAGAUUUUAGUGAUGUUAAGGACUGGGCAGCUGAAUGUACAGCAGUCAGUGAAGCUCUAGGUCCAACUGCUCGUAUCCUUUUUCUACGAAGUUUAGGAUUACUUGCCUUAGGUGAAACUGUAGAAGAGGCAUGGCAUUAUGCAACUAAUGCAAUUGUGGCUUGUGAUACUCAGCUGUUAUUGGCCUCGGUUGGUGCUGAAAAUCUCAUCUUACCAACAGAUAAAUUGAAGCAAAAAACGUAUGAAACAUGGAGAACAGCAGGGUUGGGUGGUCUAAGUGGACCAGAAGCCGCACUAGCAAUGAGAUUAUCUUCACCGAAUAAAUCUCAUACUGGGGAAACAGGACAACAUUCUGCAACAAAUGGUUCACUUCGGACGGUUCAAACACAGAAAAUACUUUAG